AUGGAUCCCGUAUCUUCGGGCUUGGACCCCACACUCCCUCUGGAGACGUUUGGUAAUACCACAGAUCCCACGGGAGGCGAUUCGAGGUUAUACAAUCUCAAUGUGUUUUACAAUCCCGGCGAUAUCGCUUGGAUGAUCACAUCAACCGCCCUCGUGCUUCUUAUGAUACCGGGUGUAGGCUUCUUCUAUUCCGGGCUGGCACGCAGAAAGUCGGCACUAUCGCUACUAUGGCUGUCUGUCAUGGCGACUGCAGUCGUCUCUUUCCAGUGGUUCUUCUGGGGUUACUCUCUAGCCUUUUCGCACAAGGCUGGAAAGUAUAUUGGUGCGCUGGAUAACUUUGGCCUGAUGAAUGUGCUGGGUGCUCCUUCGGUGGGAAGCCCGCGUAUUCCUGAUCUCAUGUUCUGUGUCUACCAGGGCAUGUUUGCUGCUAUCACCGUUGCACUUGCCGUUGGAGCUGUUGCCGAGCGAGGACGCAUGCUACCUUGCAUCAUCUACAUGUUUGUCUGGACGACUAUCAUCUACGACCCCAUUGCAUGCUGGACCUGGAACUCAUCUGGAUGGGUCUUCCAAAUGGGUGGCUUGGACUUUGCUGGCGGAACUCCGGUUCACAUUGCAUCCGGAUGUGCUGCCCUCGCCUACUCUUACAUGCUUGGAAAGCGAAGUGGUCACGGUACCCAGGAACUCAACUACCGUCCCCACAACGUCACGCACAUUGUUAUCGGCACUGUAUUCCUCUGGGUGGGGUGGUUCGGCUUCAACGCUGGUUCGGCUCUGUCUGCUAACCUACGCGCUAUCAUGGCUGCUGUAUGCACCAAUCUUGCUGCCUGUGUUGGUGGUAUCACCUGGUGCCUAGUUGACUAUCGUUUGGAACGCAAGUGGUCAACCGUUGGCUUCUGCUCCGGUGUUAUCGCUGGUCUUGUCUGCAUCACCCCUGGUUCUGGAUAUGUCCCUGCCUGGGCUGCUGUUGUUUUCGGUAUGUGCGGUGGUGUUGCUUGCAACUACGCGACGAAGCUCAAGUAUUUCCUCCGCUGCGAUGAUGCCCUCGAUAUCUUUGCUGUCCAUGGCGUUGGUGGCUUCAUCGGAAACAUACUCACUGCGUUUUUCGCUACUGACUACAUUGCGCAUCUCGAUGGUUACACUGUUAUCGACGGUGGUUGGCUCAACCAUCAUUGGGUGCAACUUGGCUAUCAACUUGCCGAUUCUUUCACCGGCGGCGCAUACUCCUUCCUCGGGACCUGUCUUAUCCUCGGAGCUCUUGACUUUAUUGGCAAAUUCAUCCCCGCCUUCAGGCUCCGUGCGACGGAAGAGGAAGAAGCUGCUGGUAUUGAUGACGUCGAGAUUGGCGAGUUCGCGUACGACUACGUCGAGCUCACCCGUGAGGUAAAGAUCCCUGAUGACGACAUAAUCGACGAGGGCAUGUCAACGCAUUCGCUCGAAGGUCACGGUGCUGGCAUGGCCAUGACGAGCCACCACGAGAAGAACCAAGACUCUAUUGAUUCGGCCAACCAGCUCGCUGAAUGGGCACAUCGUGCGUAA